AUGCGAAAAGAUCGGACGCCCCCCUUGUCACCUCUCAUUCGUGGCUUUUUGACAGAGGCCCCUUCUUUUCCUCCACGAACCAAUCGAGGCCCCUGGUUCUACCCCGAAUCAUCCACACUGCCCAUAUUGCUCCAAACCCCAACAUCACCAGCCAAUCUUCAGAUGUUCAUGUUGUACGGAGUACAGUGCUCACAAACGUCAAGCGCCUUGUUCUUUACUUCCAAAGUCUCGAGGCAGGCUUCUGUCAGCUCCGUGGGCUGCGUCGAGGCUGCCAUACAAGUAUUCACGGCAGGUAUGCUCUUUAGCCCUAGUCUUUGUCUCACUCCCGACUACGUCGUGCCUCUCGGACGACGGCUUUCCGGUCAUCUGGGGACAUCGGCCGGUGAACUAGUGUACCGGCAGAUCGCCUUCACACCGGGCACUCUGCCUCGAUAG